AUGCAGACCGGAGUAGUACUACUUGUUUUUUUGACCCUCUCGGUAGCGGCGGUCUAUGGCGAAACUGGAUUCCUCCUGAACACGCGUCGCAUUCAGGACGAUCCACAAAGAAUCGAGGCCGAGGUGGAGUCCCUGGUGAGGAGCUCUUUUUACGCCGCGGAUCCAGUUGUGUUCUCCAUUCCCCGCUGGCAGGGAAACUACUCUUCUCCAGAAAUUCCAGCAGUAGUUUCCGCUAGCCUACAAAAUGAUAGUAAUGUGAUCAGCGUGAAUCUAUGGGAGGCCUCCAAUGAAACGGAGAUCAUUGAAAGCAUUACUAGUCUGGUGGUCCUAUUAAACAGCUACUUUGAUGUGCCACUCGAUCGCAUUCUGCUCGUUGGAUUCGCAGAGGGUGGCCAUUUGGCAGGAGGAGUUGCAGCAAAGGUGCAAGAAACUCUGGGUCAUCAGCUGCCACAAAUCACAGCUUUAGAUCCUACAUCAGGUGAAAAUCUAGAGCAUAAACUUUCAUCAUCCGAUGCUGAGUUUGUAGAGGUCAUUCACACAAAUGCUGAAGGAUUGGGAACCUGGGAUCAGCUGGGUCAUGUGGAUUACUAUCCCAAUGGAGGGCAAUCGCAGACGGGAUGCUCCACGAACUCCUGUUCCCAUGAGAGAUCCUUUGAGCUGCUUGCCGAGAUGUGGUCCCCGGAAAAUGACUUUUUAAGCGCUCGUUGUGGAUCCGUGGAAUCGAUGGGUGCCUCCAACUGCCGCUGGUCCUCCCAGAAAAUGGGCCAAAAGGAUGACGAGCAGCCUCCCUCAGGCAUCUAUUUCCUGGAGACCCGACAGUCCUCUCCCUUCUCCCGGGGAGCCUACUACAUCGGCUUCUUGUGAGUAGCGAAAUUUAAUAAAAAGCCAACCCGAAUAAAGGAAACAAA